AUGAAUCGCUUGCUGUUAUUUUUCAUACAAUGCGUAUUAUUAAAAGAAUCCCUUGGAAUGCCUGCAGGAAAUGGUUACCUACCAUAUGGUAUGAAUGAUGGUAUAAUGCCAUAUCCGCAAAACAGUUAUAGUCCAAUAGUAAAUGAAGGUAUAAACGAUAUGUAUGUAGGCUAUAACGGAAAUAAUUACGGGAACAACUUACUAGCAAAUCCAGCUAGUAAUUUAGUUCAUGGUAUGCAAAAUCCAGCAAUUAAUAACAUCCAAGUAUCGCCUGUUAUAUCGGAGGUGGUGCCUUCCUUACAGUAUGGUGAUGUCAAUAUGGCUGGCGAGUUGCCUAUCGGUGGGACUAUAAAAGUAUCUGGAUGUUUUCCCGUGUAUGGUAUGGUUGCUGUGGAUGGCAAUGUGCCUUCGUCCGGCACAGCGAUGGUUGCUGAAUCCUUUGGCAAUCAAGUCAUGGACGUAGUAUCGAAAUGUGCCAGUCAAUAUUUUAGUAAUUAG